UUGUUUCAGGAGCCCGACAGACCCAGAGCCAUGAAUAUCAAAGGGGAGAAGCCAAAGUCAAAAAUUACAGCUUCUCGCAAGCUCUCUCUCAAGAUGCUUCUCCUCACAAGAGCCUGUGAGGAUUUGGAAAAAGAGAAGCAGGAAAGGGAAGAGGAGAAAGUGCGCUAUCUAGAAGAAAAGUUGCCCCCUUUGCAACUGUCUGGAUUAUCACUGGAUGAACUACAAAAAAUGUGCAAGCAGCUUCAUUCACAAAUUGAUGUUGUGGACGAGGAGAGAUAUGACUGCGAAUCUAAAGUGGGCAAACACAACAAAGAUAUCCAUGAGCUGAAGCUGAAGAUCCAGGACCUUGGAGGCAAGUUCAAAAAGCCUGCCCUGAGGAAGGUGAGGGUGUCGGCAGAUGAGAUGAUGAGAGCUCUCCUGGGCUCCAAACACAAGGGCUCGAUGGACCUCAGAGCCAACCUCAAAUCCGUGAAGAAGGAGGAUGGCAAACAGGACAAGGUGCUCACUAGUGAAGACUGGCGUAAGAAUGUGGAGGCCAUGUCGGGCAUGGAGGGCCGCAAGAAGAUGUUCGAUACAGCCGGUGGAGCACAGUGAGACACUCUGUAAGGAAUCCUGCAAACGAUGAAGCUGGUCAAUAAGAGCGGGGAAAAAGAAGGUGUCUCGACAGAAAUAUGGAAUAGUCAUUUGAAGGCUAAGUGACUUGAAAGCUGUAGGAAUUAAGCAUAAAAGUCAUAAGCAUGUAUGACCACGAGUACAUCAGUUGUGCCUCCAUUUGCUAAAUGGCCAAUUUCUGUGCAGUGACUCAAAGCACUUAAAGAAAAGUGUAGAAUGUGUAAAUUCCCAUUAUUUUUGUUUUAUAUUUUAUGACCAAAUUAUUAUUUUUGUUUUGUUAUGGCAUCUUUAGGCAAUUAAAAUGGAUAUAAAUAAAGUUUCAGUCUUUAACUUCAUCCUGUUUCACUUUACUGGCACUCGUCAGUUUAUGUGUGGCACGCAAGAGGAUGGAAAGCAGCUAAACUCGUGCUGGAUUAAAAAAGGA